CAGGAACGGGACUGUGGCGAGCUGGGCCGCUGUUGUCAGCCACGCACAGGUUAAUUUGAAUAAAAGAUCUGACCUGACCGGCCCACCUGUACCACUCUUCAAGGACAGUUAGUAUUCACAGUGAGAGGAAGAAGUGACAUAGAUCAAGAUGAAUGCCAUGCUGGAAACCCCCGAGCUCCCGGCCGUGUUUGACGGGGUGAAACUGGCCGCAGUAGCUGCUGUGCUGUACGUGAUCGUCCGGUGUUUGAAUCUGAAGAGCCCCACAGCCUCGCCUGACCUCUACUUCCAGGACUCGGGGCUCUCGCGCUUUCUGCUCAAGUCCUGUCCUCUUCUGACCAAAGAAUACAUUCCACCGUUGAUCUGGGGGAAAAGCGGACACAUCCAGACAGCCUUGUAUGGGAAGAUGGGAAGGGUGAGGUCGCCACACCCGUACGGGCACCGGAAGUUCAUCACCAUGUCCGACGGAGCCACUUCUACGUUCGACCUCUUCGAGCCGUUGGCUGAGCACUGCGUUGGAGAUGACAUCACCAUGGUCAUCUGCCCCGGAAUCGCCAAUCACAGCGAGAAGCAGUACAUCCGCACCUUUGUCGACUAUGCCCAGAAAAAUGGCUAUCGGUGUGCCGUGCUGAACCACCUGGGCGCCCUGCCCAACAUCGAACUGACCUCACCACGCAUGUUCACCUACGGUUGCACGUGGGAAUUUGGAGCCAUGGUGAACUACAUCAAGAAGACGUACCCCCUGACCCAGCUGGUCGUCGUGGGCUUCAGCCUGGGCGGUAACAUCGUGUGCAAAUACUUGGGAGAGACUCAGGCAAACCAAGAAAAGGUCCUGUGCUGUGUCAGCGUGUGCCAGGGGUACAGCGCGCUGAGGGCCCAGGAAACCUUCAUGCAGUGGGAUCAGUGCCGGCGGUUCUACAACUUCCUGAUGGCCGACAACAUGAAGAAGAUCAUCCUCUCACACAGACAAGCUCUUUUUGGAGACCAUGUUAAGAAACCUCAGAGCCUGGAGGACACGGACUUGAGCCGGCUCUACACAGCAACCUCCCUGAUGCAGAUCGAUGACAACGUGAUGAGGAAGUUUCAUGGCUACAACUCCCUGAAGGAAUAUUACGAUGAAGAAAGCUGCAUGAGGUACCUGCACCGGAUUUAUGUGCCUCUCAUGCUGGUUAACGCAGCCGAUGACCCCUUGGUGCAUGAAAGUCUUCUAACCAUUCCAAAAUCUCUUUCAGAGAAACGGGAGAACGUCAUGUUUGUGCUGCCUCUGCACGGCGGCCACCUGGGCUUCUUUGAGGGCUCUGUGCUGUUCCCGGAGCCCUUGACAUGGAUGGAUAAGCUGGUGGUGGAGUAUGCCAAUGCCAUCUGCCAGUGGGAACGGAACAAGUCGCAGUGCUCUGACACGGAGCAGGUGGAGGCUGACCUGGAGUGAGGCCUCCGGACUCUGGCGCGCUCCAGCGGCCCUCCCCUGGAACCCGCGUCCCCUCACCCGCUGUUUCAGGCCUCCCAUCUCCCUCAGUGACCUGGAUCUGACCUCACACCGCAGCGGGAGGCCAUCCACCAUGCACACCUGCCUGGGAGCAGGCGGCUCUCCUGGGAGCUCCAGGCUAUUUUUGUGCUUAGUUACUGGUUUUCUUCAUUGCAUUGUUAGCCACGGUGACAAGCGACAGGGUUCUCACCCUCCUGUCCGGUCUCAGCAUCCGAUUGCUUUUAAGCCAAUUACAUCUAGUUUCCCUAUUAAAAAUGUGUCUGAACAGCAAUUUUGCUUUGCCAAUCAAAAGGCUUUUCCCUUAGAACAGUGAAGGAUGUGUUAUUUGGUGGUGGUUGUAUGUGUCCUUAUGUAGACCCUAAAAGAUAGAGCUCGCCCUUCUGUUAUAUCAUAGGCCAGUGCUGAAGACACACCUCAGCUUGGGAGUCUGAAGACCUGAGCCUCCCAGGCCGGAGUGUGGUCUCUUAAAUGGGGAAGGAAAUCCCUUGAGUUGCAAGCCAAGUAUUCUCCCUCAACUAUCUUCUGAGACCUUUUCCCCCCACUUUGCUGCUGCUCAGAGUUUCCUGGGGCAUUUGUUAAACAUUCAGCCUCCCAGAUCCCUCCCCUUGGAAAGGCUGAUCCUGUGGGUCUGGAGAGGGGUCUGGGGAUUUUAAUUUUUGACAAGUGCCCCAGGUGAUUCUCAUCAACAGGCAAAUUUGGGAAACUCUUCUCCACUGCCUUUAAAUUAGAUACAUCUUAGUAGCUCUUGUAUUGAAAUUCAUUAUCAGAGAUGUCUCUUAGCUCCCAGGGACCUCCAAAGCAACAAGGCCUGUCACUUGUCACCUGUAACUGUCCUUGUGUGAUCACAGUGUGAAAGGACCCUGGGUGGGAGCAAGCCUUUGGGCUGUAUGACCCUGGAAAAGUCUCUAUGGACUUUAAUCUUGUCACCUUUAAAUGGGGGGACUUAGACCAGGUAGAUUGCCAAGAUCACAGUCAGUUCUGAAGUUCAAUGACAAACUCAGUUUACUGAGGUUUGAGAGAACAUUCCCUCGGGAAACCUGGGAGCUGUUACCCCAGUCUAAACAUGUAGAUGUCAUUAUUUGCCUUUGUUGUUGAGGGUUUUUUUUUAUUUUUAUUUUUGUCUGUUUCUGGUUUUGUUUUUUUCUUUUGUCCCUUAUUUCAUAUAAAGAAAUUUGGGAGAAGGGGUUGGCACUCAAUUAUAAUUUUAGUUUUUUGGUUUUUUUUUUUUAGCCCAGGUCCCUCUAACUCUGGCUUUUGAUACCAAAUGACUCAAAAGUUGUAUCUUGAGUUCAGAGAAUGAUAUUUCUAACCGAAGAGGGUGUUCUUUUGAAAUCAGAUUUUUAAUCUAACAGCCUAUAUUUCCAGUCUGUUGGGUAGAUCUUUCCAAAGUGUGUCUUCUCACGUGAAAACGUUGCUCUCGUUUCAAGUACUCUUCUUCUCCCGUCCUGUGGUACUUGACUACCUAGAAACCCUGCACUUUGAAAAAUCAGCAGUUGUUGUCUGGAACUAAACAGAACUACAGAUGAAAUUGCUUGGAUACUUUAAAAACAUCUUUUCUCUGCUUCUUCUCCUUUGGCUCCAGGAUAGAGACUGGCAAAUAGUGAUAGAUCUGUGUGGCCGUCCCAGGGUGCAGGGAGCCUGAGCACCUGCAUGCCCACCCUCAUGGCCACAGGUGAGGUAACUUGGGCCUUAGUCCCAGAGACUGUGACCGUAACGCCUGUAACCCGAAGAAGUUGUUUUCUGACAAUCACCAGACCAUCCUAACGACAUCAGUCAUAGCCAUUGUCGCACAAGAAUGAGAUUUCUGUGGUCUCAACUUGGCUUUGGUGUAAUUUCUCACACUGAACAAAUCCUGUCGUUACGAUUUCACCCCAGGUUGUUAUUUUUCUAAUGCAUUUCCUUCGCAUGCUCUUUUAGCACAAAUUGGCACUUUAUUAUCUCGUCACCUGCCCCUCGAUUGGGAAGCUCACCCCUCUGCUCUGUUCUUUUCCUUCCGCCCCACCACAACUAUGAUCUAGAAGAUUCCUAGUCCUAUUUUCCUGCUACUGCCUUCAUUCCGCCAGACUUCGGGUGUAAACAGGUAAUCCCAGCAAUAACUUUGUAGAAUUGAAUCACCAUUUCAGGAAGUGAGGGGCUCCUUUCGCUUGCCUGAGGUUACAUCUCUUGACCUUUUCCGACAAAACGGUGGCCGAGGUACCAGCUCCAUUGAGGAGGAGAAAAGACAGUCUUGUUGUCACACAGGCGGAGGGGGGGGUGGCAGGGGGGGCCUUGGGGGCCGGUCAACGUGCAGGAGUCCUGGCGGCACCUAUGGAGGAGAGGCAGGCCUGGGGCCAUAGGCUUUGUUGCCAUACAACCGGAAUUGACCCCCCGGGACUGUGGG